AUGGAGCUCCCAAGGACUGAACAACUGAACCUGCAAGCAAGUCCAUCCGAGAUCGAGGAAUGGGUUGAACGAUUCGCGCUGUGGUGCAGCAUCCGCAAAGGUGGUGCACAGAAUCAGUCAGCUCUAUUUUUUACUGCUGAUGGCCGUAACCUGUACUCCCUGUUGAGAAACCUGGCGUUCCCUGAGGCUCCAGCCAAACUACUAUACGAGUCCCUGAAAUCGCUGCUGCUCAACCACCUGCUGCCCACUGAAUUCCAAGCACAUGAAAGGGCCAAAUUCAACUCCAUGAUUCAUGCCGAUCUUGUUUCCUGCCGUGAAUUCAUCCUGCAGCUGAACAAACAAGCAUCACGCUGCAACUAUGGUGAUCGCCUGGAAGAACAAAUGUGUGACCGCUUGGUGGCAGGCAUCAAUAAUCUGACUCUUCAAUGA